AUGGCCUGUAAGAGCACGCAGAUUCUCAUAUUUAUUUUCACGAUUCUCAUGCUACCGUGCAAUGGAGUCAGGCGGCAACAGCAGUUGGAGCAAGCGCGCAGGCUAUUUCACAAUUAUGACCCUAACGAAGUGUCGCAAAUAUACGGCGUGCCGGAGUUUCCCAUUCCCCCAUUUGGACCUGGAGGACGGCUCGGGGGUGUACGGCAACAUCGAAAAUUAGGCCUUAGAUACGAUGGAACAAAUCAGAGGGUCUUGUAUACUGGUUUUCGCAGAAGCCCUGCCGAUUAUUUAAUGAUUGUUCCAGAAAAAAAUAUGAAGCAUCGAUCAAAGCCAAGAUUCAAAUUAGUUUCUACUGUCGUUGAUUUGGAGAAAACAAACGCUUUUGAAAACCUUUUAAGGCAGCUGCGUGAACUCAACUUGUCUGGGAAAGCGGCGUAUAAAAAAUCUGAAUCGAAUUAUCUGUCCGGGGUAAAGAGCGGCGAUCGCCAAGACAUAAUUCAAUAUAGAUACCGACCAGUGAAACCCAUUCGUAGUGAUUUGAUUUUAAGAACCACAAUAGGGGGUGAACCCUCGCGGAACUUUUCAAAUUUUCAACGAUUCCACCAAGAUGAAAACGUAAAUCAAGAUCACGAUGAAAGUCUUCAGCAUCACGAUAGGGAAAAAAGUUCAGACGAGCAGAAGAAAAUGGACAUCGAUACCACUAAACAAAAACUGAUGUCCUUACUAAAUACGAAGGAUACUUUUAAUCAUAUAAAAUACAGUGAAGAUGCACCCGAAUAUUCUAAUUUCAUUCCGUUGAACGCUAAAAAAAAAUUGAGAGAUUGGUGGUUCUUCAAUCAGGAUGACUUCGGGCCGUUUACACAAAAU